AUAUUUGUAUAUUUAGUAUCAUAAAAUAGUAUUGAAAAUGUGCUAGUGUAAGCUGAUCAUGUAAAUUCCUUCCACGCCUUAGUUUGACACACCUACUUAGGGGGCUGAUUCAUCUUGUGUUUAUUAACUGAACCGUGCUGCACUGAUCAAACUGUAACUUGUACUGAAGACAAGGUCACCUGUGUUGUAGUUACCUCAAGCAAGAAAAAUGUGUUUUUCAAGGUUGUUGAGGAGCCAGAUGUUGAGGACCCUCUCUCUCUUCCUCAUGGGUACGUUCCUUUCUUUUGUCCUUUGGGAAGCUGGCUUGAACAGGCAGUCAUCGUCUGAUCUCAUAAUACCACAGCAGUUCUCUAUUGAUCUGCCUGGCUGCUCGGCUAUCAUUAGUGGAGACGUCGAGGGCAAGCAAGGCGAAUUAGAAGUUCUUCUGGCAUCCAGGAAAAGACAGCAUCGUUUAUCUGAGGACUUCUACCUUAAUGUGACAAAGGACUGUCCAUCUUACAUUGAAAACAGAGGUUUCAUUACAGUGCCUCUGAGUCAAGAGGAGAAGGAUUUUCCCAUUGCCUAUUCCAUGGUGAUCCAUGAGAAGAUUGAGAUGUUUGAGCGACUUCUACGAGCUGUUUACACUCCUCAGAACAUCUACUGUGUGCAUGUGGACCAGAAAUCCUCUAAAGAAUUUCUGAAGGCUGUGGAGGCAAUUGUUUCCUGCUUUUCUAAUGUGUUUGUAGCCAGUAAAUUAGAAAGAGUGGUAUAUGCCUCAUGGUCCCGAGUGCAGGCAGAUCUGAACUGCAUGAAAGAUCUGCUGAACUCACAUGUCCAGUGGAGAUACCUGCUUAACACCUGCGGGACAGACUUCCCCAUCAAAACCAAUGGAGAGAUGGUUCAGGCACUGAAGGCCCUGCAUGGGAGAAACAGCCUGGAGUCUGAGGCCACCAAUGACUACAAGAAAAGCCGUUGGCAGUAUCAUUUCAAUGUAACUAACACUGUCAUCAAGACAAAUGUGAGGAAAAGUCCCCCACCUAUUAGCAGCCCAAUGUUCACAGGAAAUGCUUACUUUGUGGUCACAAGAGCCUUUGUGAAACAUGUGAUGCAGGACAGAGAGGUUCAGCAACUUCUGGAGUGGGAGAGGGACACAUACAGCCCUGAUGAGCACUUGUGGGCCACUCUACAAAGGAUGCCCUCUGUUCCUGGAUCAAUGCCUACCAACAUCAAGUACGAUAUGUCAGACAUGCAUGCCCUCGCUCGUGUGGUGAAGUGGAGCUAUUUAGCAGGAGAUAUGAAAGAUGGAGCCCCGUACUAUCCUUGUACUGGCACUUACAGAAGAGCAGUUUGUGUGUACGGAGUUGGUGACCUCCCGUGGCUCCUGAAACAACAACAACUCUUUGCAAAUAAGUUUGAUCCUGAGGUUGAUGAUAUUGCUAUUAGAUGUAUGGAGUCAGUUCUGCAUUUCAAAGCUUUAAAUCCAUGAGCCAAUCCAUCAUUUUGUAAAGCUUGCAAUCAUUUGAAACGUAAAAUAUAAUGUAUUAAGGAAACAGUUCGUAGUUAGAACAAGUAAAUAUAGAAAACCUAUUCAUUUAUUAUAUAUUGUCAGGGAUUUUCUAUUGAAAUGUCUUAAUAUUUAUAUAUCUUUUAAUUUAUAUUAUCCAUUUUAAAAUGGAAUGUAAAAAUAUUCUGUUAAUGUCAGUAUAUUAUGCUCUUAUGUAAUUUCUUAUUUUCUGUGCAUUUUUAGAUUAUAAAGAUGUUGAUGGAUGGAUCUUGCGGUCAUUUCUGUAUUUGUGGUGCCAUCUAGUGGAUUCUAGGUGAAAGAGAUACAUUGCAACAACAAAAAACUACAUUACCUAUAGCAAUUUGGUGAUUAUUUUAACUUUGUAGAACAUACUAUACACUUUAAGUGCUGCUGUAUAAUUAUAUCUAUAUGGUUACCACU